AUGGAACGGAAGGCCGUCAGCCGGUGGGAACUCUCGUCGCACUUUUGGGCGGAAAGCGAUCCGCCGGAACCGUGUGACGCGGCGCGGGGAUUUUUCCAAAAGUGCGCCCGGCAGCUGGACCGGCUGACCGCCGACAAGAGGGUCAAGUACCGGUUGCAGUCGUCGUCUACCGCCCGGGUGGGCCGGCAGAAGGAGUGCGGUGCAGGCGGUAGUCGUCGCGAUAAUAACGACGUCGUCGGCAGUGCGAACGUUGUGGACGGCCGUAAAAACGCCACUCGGACGCCGUCUCCACCGUCACCGCCCCCGCCGCCGUGCGUAAUCAAACGAGUCGACGAUCGGCCGUUCACGACCGCCGCCGCCGCCGACCGCGAAACCGAAAAGUUCGGAUCCGUUCCGUUCUGCGAGGUGAGUGUGUGUGUGUGUGUGUGUGUGUGUGUGGGUACGUCAUCGUUGUUCACGAUGUGAAUUUAUCGCGUGCACUACAAAACUUUCAAAAAAACAAGCGAUCCAUUACUGCGGUUUUUUUUUUUUUUUUUUUUUUAACGGAUUAAUAAAUGCAUUUGAAAAUCCUCGAAAUGCCAAUAUAUGCAAUCGUGUUUUUAUUGAUAAGAAAAAUGCACGUAGAAAAAUAAAUAAAAAACAUGUCCCCCGCAGUGAAAAAUGUUCUACUAAAUAAAUAUCGGAUGAAAUUCAUGAUUGAUCUUGUUCGGUUUCGAGUAAAAAACGUUUGUGCAAUACGGUUUAUGACGGUUAUCAAAUCACUUUGGGCGCAUUUAUAUAUUGUACGGUUGAACGUCCACUGUGUGACCAAGUAAACCUGUAACACUGUUAUCAGUCGGCACGGUGAAAAAUAAAUACAUUUCUAAUUUUCGACGAGCGAAAUAAGUGUAGUGGCUUUUGUUCGCGUAAUAACGUCUACGUUUCACGUCUGUGCAUAACUACCGACCGAAUCUUUAGAUUCCUCGAUAUCAUUCUUACACACUUGGUAAUUAUUCAGUUGACCCGCAGAAGCAUUUAUUUCCCGCUCGUACAUCUCGGUCGAUGCGUUAUUAUUUUAUAACAAAGGCGAAUCUAAAUACCCAAACUGUUACACUAUCUCGAAUCCGCAGACACCCACCUCCGAGUGCAUACCCUUAAUAUGAUCUAUCUACUAUUAUCCGCCGGAUCAUAAUGUAUUCCGAAUAUAUUUCUUUCUUUUGGAAAUAUCCUGUCUUUAUUAUGCACACGUAUCGUGCGUAUGACGAGACGAUAAUUCAUUCUCCGCCGUGUUAUGCACGAGUGAUCAUUUUAAUAACAACGAUAGCGUUAUUAUUGUUCCGGGCAAAAGCCCAGACCGGACGGAUGGUAGCCUAAUGUCCGGGCACACCGCCAACUUCGCGGUUAAAACGUCAUAAUCAUUUCCUAUAACCUUUUGCCCGGAGAGCCGAACUACUAUAAGCCAUAUUUUUGCCGGAUUACGGACCGCCUAAAAUAUAUAAUAUUAUAAUAAAUGGCGUAUGUGUUGUCGUCUGACCGAACGGAUUGCGAAAUUCGGCCAAAAUCCAAUUAUAUCAUAUUGAUGAUAAAUAAUAAUUUAAUAUUUCAAUAAGACCGCAAAUUUCCGCGUCAUUUUCAAUCGCAUAAAUCAUUUUACGGGCCAAAAAAAAAAAUACAAACCGCGUUCAAGAAUUUAAUGUUCUCGUUUCCGACGUCUCAGUGUCAUCUGUGUCAUCUGUGGUUUUCGUAUAUGAAAUAAAAAUAACAUAAUAUUCGACACGUUUUUCGAUUAUGGUCGCGAUUUCGGCGCAAAUUUGUACCAAUAGACAUCGAUAUUUUGCAAGUAAAUUUCAGAAUUUGAAAGUCCGUUCGCGAAUCAUUUUUUUUUUCUUUUCUUUUCGAGCGCACCUAACAUGCACCUCUCAGCAUUAUCAUUUCGGUAUAACAAUAAUUAUUAUUCUCCAGUAUAAUAGGUAUUUAAUAUUUUUAUUGCACACAUGUAUAUCUAUAUAUAUACGCAUAAAUUAUUCCCAGAUUUGGGCGAGAUUUCCAAUCAUUGGAUUUUCAAAUAAAUAAACAUACAUGUUUUUCUUUUAGUCUGUGGACACGAUUUUUUCUAGUAAACUUGUUCCGAUCAUUACGUGUAACAACUUUUCCGAAAGCUCCAGUUGUCUAAAUUGUACUUUAAAGAGAUCAUUUUUUUGAUUUUCAACGCCAUUUUUUAAAUAAAAGCACUUAAGUGGGAAAAAAAAACAUAGUAAAACGUACAGUUUUACGAUUUCAUUAUUUUAUAAAUACACGAACGAUGUUUUCUACCAGAAAAAAUGAUUUAUUCGAAAAAUCACAAGAUACAUUUUUGAUUUAUUUUCUUACUGUGUCAUUGCCCAAAACUUUUGAGCUUUUAUUUUGAGCUGUAUUUCGGUUAUAAUUACACUUAGAGACUUAAAACUUGGUAAUAAUACUUAUAUUGGAUUUAUUUAGACGUGAUAAAAUUUCCAAAAUCAUCGGAUGUCUUUUUUUUUUUUAAUAAGCGUUUUGAAAUCAAAUUUAAACGAAAUUCGCCAAAAAAAUUAUGGUACUUCAAAUUUUGUAUUACUGAAUUGCGCUCGGAAUCGUCUUUCGUAAAGCAAUGGUUUAUCGUUGCUUACAGGUAUAAAAAAAAUAUCCUUAUGUAUCCUAGCUUCCCAACUUCUCACCUACAACCGUGGCCGAUUCCAUCUCCAGUAUCAACUCUUUUUUUGUUUUUUGUGGAUUCUGAACUUUGAAUUUUCAAAUAUCUUGUGCGAAUUUCAAACAUCUUUUGAAAAUCGUUUUGUUCUGUUUUAAAUUAUCGAUUUUGGAUUGAGAUUUUUAGGAACUCAUUUUCAUCCAUAUUUUGAUUUUGGAUUUUGAAAAUCCAGUUUUUAGAUUUGGAUUACGGAAUCUCGGAUUAUUUUGGUGAAAAUAUUCCAACAAACGCGUACAGGAUUGUUAUUUUAUAGUAUCAGAUUACCGAACCACAGUGACGUCUCGCCUUGUGAAAAAUUCGCGUUUCGACCGAUUUCGGUUCGUUGGUGUUUUAUCAGGAACAAAAUAUAUACACAUGUAUCCGUUUAUAAUAACGAUUAUUCGGUACGGCCGAAUUACGAGAAUUAUGACAUUUGAUAAUCGUGUACCUAUAUAUUGUAUUCCUAUUGUUGAUCAUCGUCUCGUCUAUCGGCCGACUUGCUCUCGUGUUUCCGCCGACAGAACAAUAUGCCUAUUAUAAUAUAUACUUAUAUACGAACUCCGUCGUCGUAUUUUUGUUUUUCGUCCGUUUGAUUUACGAUUAUAUUGUGAAGGACGGCGGGGCGGGUAGUGCGGUUUUUUUUUUUUUAUGUCUUUUGUCCGUCCUCGUCGGCGGCGCGUUUUUCCCUCGGGAAAACGCGCGCGAAAAAUCGUUAACGGAGACGAUCAGCCGCGAAAAAAAAAACCGUGUAUAUAUACAUACAUAUACACGAGUACCCCGGUGGUUUUUUUUUUUUUUUUUUUUAAUCGGUUCCGCGAAUUCCGAUUUAGAUAACUGAGAAAAACUACGGCCUCGAGCGAACGUAAUUUAAUAUAAUAUUAUAUUCGAGUAUAACAAUUGGUUUUAUAAUAAAUUCAUUAUAAAACCAAUGGUGUAAUUUGGUAUAAAAAAACGAAACAAAAAGAAAACACAUAAUUUACACACAGCGUAGUAUUACAAAUUGUACCAAAUCGUUAGAAAUAUUAACUUGCAAUUAAAUGGUAAAGCGAAAUAUUUCAGUCUGACGGACUUGUAGCGUAUGGUGUACACUUUUUGCCUACACUAUCACUUUCCAUUAUCGUCGGAGUAUGAAUAACACAAAUUCUAUAUAAUGGUGCGGUGUAAUAAUCUGUUAUCUACAAUAGUGCACAACGAUUAUUGUGAUGAUGCAGAUUAAACUUGAUAAGCGUUUUGUAUACGACCAGUGGGUACUUUAAUUUGAUAACUGUUUUAAAAUUAACGAUAUAAUAUUACGAUGAAAAGACAAUGCCAAUUGAUCCGCUUCAUAUUAGCCAUAACAAAUACACUCGGAGGGUCGUCUCGCUAGUGUACGCGAUCAAAUGAAGAACACUAAUAUUUUUAAAUGAGAAUUUUUUUAAUUUUUUUUUCUUUUGGAACAUCUGGUGUAUCAUUUUAAAACACAUCUUGAGCCUAUUUACAAAAUUUAAACCGUUACGACGCGUGACGUUGGUUUUUUCAAUAAAACUUCAAUGUUUCUAAACGAAAACGCCUGUUUUUAAUACCGGAUUCGAAUAAUUAAAUUUUUUCAAGCUACUUUGACAAAUACAAUUUUUCUUUUUAUCUAAUAUGUUGUGAUUUUGUAUUAAUGUGUGUAUAACUUCAUGGUUUUAUCUUUGCUCAUAAUCCACUCUCACCCUACAGUUUCCUUUUCACCACUAUAGUCGAAUUUCUUCACUCAAAUGUCGUUAUAUGUAUUGCAUUCUUUUUGAAAUCAUCGAAAAAAAAAAAACCAUUCAAAUACAGUAUACAGUGUAUACUGUAUAUAAUAUACAGUACACACUCUAUACAAACGCCGUAAGAAUAAUAACGACGCAAGAGUGUAUAAUUUUAUUUUGAAAUUUCCACUAAUGCAAACACGCAAGUAAACCGAAAUUAUAUUACGUAUUUUUUUUCGAUACCGUAAGUACGUCUUUUCCGAAAAAUAACUGUUUAAUCCACCGAUGUAUUUUCGUACGUUAUCGAUUAUUUCAUUCCCUACGCCAGCAUAAUUACGUAUAAACAUCGAGCAAUAAUAUAAUAAUUUAUUAUUUAUCAUUUUUCGUUCUUCGAAUAAAUUCGAAGUCGAUGGGUUGUUUUUCGCCGCCACCAACCAAUUUAUUAUUGUUUUUCUUGACACCCACCUUUCCACCCCUAUUCAUUUUGUCGUCCAAAUAUAUACGAGUAUACAUUGUGAUUAAGGAUAUAAAACAUGUUUAGUAUAUUUAUUAUUACUCGCGCGAUGUUCUUAUACACUUGUGAGUAUAUAAACAAUACUACAUCUUAUAAUAAUUAUUUUUAGUAAUUUCUAUAAAUGAUACAAAAAAAGAGCUGAUACUGGUUUUGGAUGAGCCACUGUUGAAGGCCGAGAGUUAGGAAGAUGAAAUAUACAGAGUAAUUUAAAUUUUACCUGUACCAAACGAUAAACCGUUGUUAAUAAUAAUUUCUUAACGUUGUUAACAAUAUUCGGUUAAAUAUAAUGUUUUCAAAUGCUUUAAGUUUUAUGACUUUCGUGAAAUUUUAAACUUUAAACGCUAGUAAAAACCAUUAUGUUUUUUUAUUGUUAUUAUGUUUUAACUGUUAUGUUCAAUUUGUAUUUUUCGAAUAAUAAUAGCAAAACUUUAGACUAAUAUCGCAAUAAAAAUGUUAGCGUUAUUACUGGGUGAAAACAAUUGUAUCCACAUAAAAACUAUGCAAAUUUGAACAUUUCAAAUGGUUAUAACUAGCUCGAAAAUCGCUAAAUUUUUUUUUGUAAUGUCUAGAAAGGGCUAAUGAAAGUAUUCGAUCUACAUUUUUGGUCUCUACAAUUAUUUUUAAUCGAAUUACAUAUUAAAAAAAAUAUAUACAUAUCGAAAUCUCAGUAAGCGGUUAUUGUGCAAACUUUAUCUUAUUUCCUCCCGUAUAAACCCCAUUUUUAAGGAAAUUACAAGGAAAAUAAAAAAUAACAUCCAUUAUAUAUUUAUAAGAUCGAAAAUCGCACAAAAAAAUUCGUAUUAAGUUUUUAAUUGGAAUACAAUUUUUAGUUUAAAAUGUGUAACAGACAGAAAAUAAAAAAAAAAAUCGGUUUUUUUUUAAAAGUUUUCAAGUGUUAGCAAUCGUUGAGUACAGAUAUAUUUUAAAUUUUCCUUCUACCUUCCCAAUUUCUCACCUAUUACAGUGGCCCACCCAUUGUGCGAAAUAUGUCCGUUUGUUUUAUAAUACGUAUUUGUAAUAAGGUAGUAAAUAUAAAACAGGCAAAACCGUGGAGAAUUCAAUACUCGACUGUGAGACUAAACGAUAAUUAUAAUUACCAUCAAACCUGCAUACUCGUAAUACAAAAAUAAUAUUUAUUGUAACAUUUCAAACACAAAUAAAAUAAAAUUAUCAUCAUAAGUUCUUCUUAGUGUCCGCUUUGCACGCCCGUUUACAUAAUGAUAAUAUACGAACCCAUUUGGCAACAAAAAGCGUUGCAAACGCUCAUUUCAGAUUAUACAAUUUAAAACGGCAACACUAUAAAACCAAUUGUAUAUAACAACUCCCUCGUUUACGAGCCUUUAUUAUUAUUAUCAAUAUCAUGCUUGUCAUAUGCAUAUGGGAGUAUCGAGUGGAAAACGGUUAAAAUGUCUCUAAAAUGAAAAUCGCGACAUAAAAAAAAAUAAUUUUAAUAGUAGCUAACGUUCGCUUAAUACUAACAUUUAUAUAUUUGGUUUGAUAUUUUUCAGAGACUGAUACAAGUAUAUAAUAUCUUUAAAAACAAAUAAUAAUAAGCGUCCAAAAACCUCAUAAUUUUAAUAGAAGCACUGAAAUAAAAAAUUUAAAAACAAUAAAAUUAGUAAAAAAAAAAAAAAAAAAUAAGCAAUCAAAAAAUAGCAAAGAAAAUACAUUUUGAUUUAUCACAUUAAAAAUGAAGAUUAUUUUUACAAAACUCAAAAACUUAACAUACUUAAAUUUGUAUAUGCAUAAUAAUAGCUCUCAGUAUGUUUUUAUGUCAAGUCAAAAAAAAAAAAAAAAAAGAUUUGUUUUUUUUUUUAAUUUUAAUUAUUUUAAAAUGAAUAGAAAUUUCAGUAAAUCUAUAAUAAGCCUAAAAAAAUUGGACUAUAAAAACCAAAGAAUUUCAAAAUUAGAGAUGCUUAGACAUAUUUUUGUCCAAGCUAAAUUCUGAAUAUAUACUAUGCCGUCUAUAAUGUUAUAUUGAAGAAAGUUCAUAAAAUGUGUCAGGCUGUAAAUUUAAAAAAUCGACUCAUAGCAAAGUUAAGUUAAAUAUGUUUUGAUAAAUUUAGUGAAUUAAAAAAUAUAUUAAUUUAUAAUACUAAAUAAAUUACAGUUGUUCUAAAUUUUGAAGUACUUAAUAAAUUACAAUAGUUUUUAAAAGAACUGAUACAAGUAUUCAGUGAAAAAUUCAUGUCACUACAUUUGUUAUUAAAUAACAAAAAAAUAUAUAAAAUCUAAAAACACAAAAAUCGUUAUUACGUAAAUAUUCAAGUCGCUCCAUUUUUUCCCCUAGUUAUUCAAAAAAAAAAUAGACAAAUCAAAACAAUAAUCUUUCAAUACACCAACUAGACAAUAUUUGGUAUCAGAAACCACCCCUGAAGUUGAUGUUUAGAACAAUAUAAUAAUAAUAAAGUUCUUCAUAAACAGAAAAAAUAACCAACAUAGUGAAAUCAAUAUAUUAAUUUUUAUGUUCUAAAAAAUAAAAAAAAUUUUUUGUUUUAAUAAUUUAUCAAACUGAUUUUCGAUUAGAAUUAUAUUUAGAUUUAAAUUGAGGUACCUGCUAGUGUUUCGUCUCCUCUAAGUAUAAUAUCAUUAGCGCGUCCCUUUAAAAUAAACUACGUUUUAUAAUAUUCGUAUAUGUAAAUUUCUUGACUCAUCUCUUGUUAAUUUUUAAGCACAAAGACCUUACUCAAAAGUCAACAUUUUAAUGACGCCGCCACGCCGGUAGGUGUAACGGCAGCUCAGUGUGAUCGAAGUAACAGACGAGGGUCAUCGUAGGGGUUGAGUGACAUUUGCGGUUCCCUUAUCGAAAAUCAAAAACAUUUUCGUGCGCACAUAACGAAAAUAAUUUUAUAGAAAUGCAAAUUUCGUUCUGGUUUAAUGUUAGACAAUUAUUAUUACGUCAAUCAACGUAUAAAAAAAAAUUAAUAAUAAUGUGAGUUAGGUUUAACGAACAGAUUUUUUUUAAUGUAUGAGACAAAUAAAUAAUAAUUAAUAGUACCGAAAUUUAAAAAAACACAACAGAAUAGUUGAUUGCUAGAUCAGAAAAAAAAUAGAGGGAACGAUGAACUGUAUAGUUGUGAAAAGAUUAAUAAUUUUAAAUAUAUAGUAAUAGAACUUAAUAGAUAAAAUAAUUAUUAUUGCUAUUUUGCAUUGCAGAAACCCUAAAGUCCCAAGCUUUUAUAAAAAAAAUGGAAAAUGUUCAUAUAUUAAGUUUGGCCAGUUGUUAAUACGUAUGUGAAACUUGACUAACCAAAAAAAAGAACGAUAGAUUGCAACACUGGAAAGAAAAUUCUUUUGGCGAAUAUUUGGACCAAAUAAAAAUGAGCAAAACUAUAACUUAAGAACUUAUGACGAAUUAAAAAUAAAUUCUGAGAGAAGAGAAGAGAGGUACUAAAUACUUGAAGGAAAAAAAAAUGAUUUGUCUAUAAUAUUAUAGUCUAUAGAUUACAUACAUGCCUAUAUGGGAUGGUCAAAUAGCAUAGUGCGAGAUGUAUCAAAAUGAAAACCAGUAGGUAAAUAUCGGACCGAAAAAAUAUGGAUGGAUUAAAUCAAAAUAUUCCGAAAAAAACCCAUGAUGCUGAAGGCAGGCAGAUGGAUAUGACGUCUAAAAAUUCUGGUUCGCGAUAAAAAAUGAUUCAGUUUAUAUUACUAUUUCUGUUUUUUGAAAUGGUCUUCUCCAAAUGCGGUUUAAACAAACUGUACACGUGUAUACAAACUUGAUGUUACUUCAUUGGGAGUUUUCAAAAUAUUAUUUCUAAGGCGAACUUAUACAGUGUAAUAUACGAAAUCGUGUAUAGAAAAUUGUAAUGUAACUAUUAGGAAACACUUAGGAGACAUUUAGAAAAUAUUCUAAUAUCAUGUUUAAUCAUAAAUGCGUUAAACUAAAGAAUAAGCACGUUCCAACUCAUAAGUAUGUAAAAAUAUAAUAUUUACCAUAUUCAAAACGCAUAAAUAAAUACUUAAUUUACUCGAAGAGUCACCGUACAAAAUAAUACCGCGUCUAGAAAUAAAUCGACAUACCGAGUAUACUGAGUGUCACCAAAGAGAAAAAAAACCGCGUAAAUAUUUACGUUUUCCCCCGUUAUUAGCAGAACGAGGAAUUUCAAAAAAAAAAAUACGACGUAACUAAUGCAAUAACCAGAUCCAAAAAAAGCGCAUAUGAAGUUAUUGUUUCGUGUAAAUAUUAUUCAAGUCGAAAAAUUGUUAACACGUGUUGAAAACAAAAAACCAUAAGUCAUCGUCUCCUCUCAGAAGCUUGAAACUAUUUCCAUUAUUGGUGUAUUUCGAGAGUAAGUAUAAUAGGUAUGUCAAACUCGUCGGAGGUCUAUUUUGCGGAUGAUAAAUGAUAUUGAACUGUAAUGAGUAAACUAUAGCUUAUAGUAUUCAAAAUAUUCCCACAAAAAACGUGUUCAAAUUUUAGAUUAUUGUCUGUAUGCAUUUUUUUUAUAUAAUUUCGAAGUUGUACUGAUAAGAAAUAUAUCCGAUGAUCAUUGCUGUAAAAUCGAUUGUCUAUCGUUGAAAAAGGCAGUGUGAAUAGGGGGGUGAGAAGACGAAACACUACUACAUUUUUUUUUUUUUUUUUUAGCAUCCCCUUAUUAAUUAUUUCUAUUGAGACGAAGGGACGUAUAGGUUAGGUAUGUUACCUAUGUCCGAAAAUCUUGAAAAUAACUCGGAUGCGUAUUUUAAUACUGUAAAUCGUUUAUCCUUUAGAAUAAUUUAAUAUUAUAAAUUAUAAUAUUAACAAUGGUAAUGUACAUAAAAUAAAUAAAUAUAAAAAUUGGUUGUAUCUUCUUUUUCUUAAUUACCUAAAAUUGAAUUAUGUUUGAAAAGCAAUGUACGGAGGUGGGGUAUGAGUUCGAUAAUUUCAAGGGACACUAUUGUUUUUUUUUUUUUAAGUUAUAGUCUUUAUCUCAUAGACGCUUUAUCGGAAACGUACAGUUUAGGUUAUGUUAUUAUAUAAAAUAAUAUUCCUCUCUCGUUGGGUCAGAAACGCAAAGGGAAAAUUCACCGACAAAAUAUAACAUUUAUUAUAAUUUUUUUUUUUUUAUCUAAAACAGCUCAAUUACAUGUUCGUGUAAGCUAUAUAUUAAGUAUCUAUUAUACGGAUCGACAAUUUAAUAGGUUUACGUGUAAAUAAUACGAUAUCGCCGAUGCGAAAAAAAACAUUGUAUAGAUAUUACAAAUCGAUAUUUUAAUUUAUCGCUGCAUAGAUUAGAUUAUUAUACUGAUGCACCGAUGCUUUAAAAAAAAAAAACUCUUUUUUUUUUCUUUUUUUAGAAAGUACCCAUUCCCCUAAACACUAUGUCUACGUCGCGUAUAUUGGAAAAUGUUAUUAUCACAAUAUCGUCUACCUAUCUCUCUUAUUGCGAUACGCAAAAUGUAGCAAAACUAAAUUAACGUUCUUUAUUUAUUUUUAUUAUUUUUUUCUUCGUGUGUGAAAUUUCUAAACCACUCGGUACACGCAGUACCCUAUCUGCCUAUCAGUGUGUUUCGUAUAUCAUUAUUCAACUGAAAUUGUAUUACGUUUUGCGUGCUGCUGCACAAUGGUAGUAAAAAUUAUACGCCCCGUAAUUUUUUCGAUUAUUAUGUUUAUAUAACUAUAAUAUUAACUUGCACAGCUAUAGCCUAGUGCUAUUAUUAUUGUUCAAUAUUUUAGAUUUUUUUAUUUUUUUUCCGCGAGUUUGUUUGGGUGAACAUAAUACACAAAUAUUAUGUUCACGGCUGCGAUCGUUACGACCGAGUAUCCGGUAUGAAAUCGUUAAUAUUGCAGCAGCCGCAGAAGCCAUUCUUUUUAUACUCGCCGAGUUAUUAUUUUAUUAUUAGAUAAUUCGAGUUUAUCUCUCUCCGGCGUUGUUGCUGUUGUUAUUAUUGUGCAAUUCGAUUUAUACGGUUUUUCGCGAUAUUCGUUGCAUCCGUUUUAAUUUUUAACGCAGUCGCAUUAUCCGUAUUUUCAUUACAGAAUUAUAAGUAUAGGUGUACACAAAAAAUAUACUGUUGUUUCGUGUUAUUUAAACCCGAGGGGAAAAAAAACAAAAUAUAGUUUUUUGACCUCCGUGGGUAAAGUAUUAACAAUUUCAUUCGUAUUCUAUUAUUAUUGUUUUCGCUUUGACAUAAUAACAUUGUAAAGUUUAAAAAAAAAAAAUACUGAAUUAUUGCCCAAUGUACGUUUUCCAAUACCUUAUUUAUACAGUUAAUACAAAUAAUGUUCUGUCUAAAUAAUCUUUGUACAAGUCAAAAAUCGUAAAACUAAAAUCCACGUGCGUAUAACGAAAUUGUAUUUUGUUUGUUUUUAGGGCGAGCUCGUAUGGUUCGAUCCGGGCGUCGGCCAUGUCUUACCCGGUGAAGUUUUGGAGUAUCACAAACCCGCACAAGUACUCACCGUACAGGCCGUCAUCGCGGGAAAGGUAAGUCCAAAGUAGAACAUUUCGCAGUGAUAUGUAAAAAAUAAAAUGUUUUCGUUGAACUUCUGUGCAUUAGACUCAAAUUUUCUCGCUUACGAAUGCCAACGGCGUAAACCGACGACAGGAUCUCGGCCAGAACGGUAUCGAAGACAUGAUACAAUUAACGUGAGCGAUUUACAAUGCUUGUUAUCAUAAUAAAUAUGAACUCAAUUUAUCAUAAAUUAUAACAUAAUUUUAGGGACUUGAACGAGGCUUCGCUAUUAUGGAAUUUGAAAAUACGAUACGACAAAGAACUGAUAUAUGUGAGUAAACGCUUUAGUAUUUAACCGAAAAUGUUUUUUUUUUUUUCCAUAAAUUCUAACUCGUAUCACUUGUAUUCCUAGACGUAUACAGGAAGCAUAUUGGUUGCGGUGAACCCGUACAAAAUGUACGACAUGUACGGAUUGGACAUGGUGAAAAAGUACGAGGGCCAAAUUUUAGGAACAUUACCGCCGUGAGUAUACAAUUAUUACAUUUUUCCGCUUGUAUGAAUAAAAUUGCAAGAAUUGCAAGUAAGUAGCAAUAACAUAGAUACCCUAUACUUACGCGGCGAACGACGUGUUCUUUUGUUUGUUCAGCCAUUUGUUCGCCGUCGGUUCUGCGGCUUACGGGAUGCUCCCCAGAGGAAAUCAAGUGGUCGUUAUUUCCGGCGAAUCGGGUUCCGGUAAAACGGAAUCCACCAAACUCAUUAUGCAGUAUCUGGCGGCCGUUAAUAAAUCGCCAUCGAACCUCAUCACCGAACAAAUCCUAGAAGCUUCGCCGUUGCUGGAGAGUUUCGGUAACGCCAAAACCGUUCGCAACGACAACUCAUCACGGUUCGGAAAAUUUUUAGAAGUCCAUUUCAAACAGUACGUAUCAUAUUUUUUUUUUUUGAAAAAACUAGUGAGUACUAGGUACUUUACUGUUUUAUGUUUUAUGAUUGUAGAGGAGUAAUAUUGGGCGCUAAAGUCACGGAAUACCUGUUGGAAAAAUCACGUAUUGUAACUCAAGCACCGGAAGAACGAAAUUAUCACGUGUUUUACGAACUGUUGGCAGGACUGGCCGACGAGGAAAAACUCAAAUAUGGUUUACUUUCAGCCGACAAAUAUUUUUAUUUGAACCAGGGUGGUAAUUGUGAAAUCGAUGGCAAAUACGACGGGGAUGAUUUCCAGUCGCUCAUGUCUGCAAUGCAAGUCCUUGGAUUCACGUCGGAAGAACAAGAUACUAUAUUCCGAAUAUUAGCGUCGGGUAAGCAAAAGCGAUCUAAGUUGGACAGUAACAAACUAAAAAGUUAAAAUUCAAGUAGUAAGUUACUCUUUUUAAUCACUGAACUCAAGUUAUUAUUUUCAUACAAAUGUUUAACUUAGAUAAAUAUAUACUCAAAUUCAUUUAUAUUUUAAAAUUAAGUUUAACAUUGCUUUGUUGCUGUCAAAUUUUUCGCGGAAAUAAAAACUAUUUCAUUUUGUUGUAUCUGUUACAUACAGAGUGUCCUACGAAGAUGUGAUCAAUGCGUUAUUUUCGAAAGUAUUAACUUUUUCCGAAAUUAUUAUUUUUCGAUUAUUUAAGAAACAAGCUUUAAAGAAGAAGCUUUAAAAUGUUACAUUACCAUAAUUUUAAGUUAACCUUAUCUUUGGGGGUCAACCGACUACGUAUUUUUAAUUUAUAAAUAGUGAAUCAUAUUAAACAUUCAACUGCGUAUUAGUUAUAAUGUUGCUAUAACAUUUUACUGUUGAGGUGUUUGAUUUCGGUCAACCUGUUCAUAAAAUAUUCCCAUUUUAAGCUCGGAUAGGACGAGUGUGGUGGCACAGCACGCGGUGUUGGAAUAAUGUUCCACUAUCCUACUCUUACGCAUACUUAAAAGCGUAAUCUUAUCAACGGGUUGACAGAAAUAGUUGCAUCACCAAAAUGUAUUUAAACUACAAUUUAAUCUAUUUAUGAAUUUUUCAUUUUUUUUUCUUUCACAAAUUUCAUUUAACUAUAGACUACCCUUAAAUAUAUUGGGCGUGUGACCUAAGCAGUGACGAUAUAGUAACUGUUUCAUUUUUAUCUCUUGUGUCUCGUCUAACUUUACAUGUUAUGUUCGUAAAUGUAUAAUUUUUACGAGGUCCCUAUUCUCAAAAAAAAAAAAACCCAUACCUAAUACAACGAGCGUAUCUGGUGAUCACGAACAAAAUUAAUAUUAUAUUUUAAGUAAACCAUUUUUUUUUUGUUGCAGUAUUACACUUAGGAAAUGUUUAUUUCCACCGUAAGCAGUUAAAACAUGGACAAGAAGGUGUAGAAAUUGGUUCGGACGCGGAAAUACGGUGGACAGGACAUUUGCUAAGAUUGGAUGUGGACGGCAUCAAAGAAGCACUAACGACCAAAACUACGGUUCGUGUUGUAAUUUAAAUCGCGUGUUUUUUUUUUUUUUUCACAAUAUUUUAUUAAAUUAAAUUUUAAAUUUUUGUUGUUCAGGAAGCUCGUAACGAACGCGUUCUGACGGCAUUAAAUAUCGAUCAAGCGUUGGAUGCCAGGGAUGCUUUCGCAAAAGCUUUGUACAGUUCGCUUUUUACGUGGCUCGUGGCCAGAAUCAAUCACAUCGUAUAUAAAGGAACCAAAAAAACGACGGCUAUAUCGAUUUUGGAUAUAUUCGGUUUUGAAGAUUUCAAGGUAAUAAAAACGGCCAAGUGCGUGUCGUACGCACAUCAAUUUAGUGUUCCGUAAUAUAAAUAUCUAGGAAUAUAUUAUUGGAUUAACAUAUUUUUUUAAAAAUAAAUAUCAUCGCAUAUUUGAGAAAUUAGAGGGUGGAGACAUAUUAUCAACUUUAGAAGUCUAAUGUUGCGAAAUAUUUAUCUGUAUACAAAAUUUCACAUGUAAAAACCUAUAUUAAAUAUAAAAAGCGAUACUCCAAACGAAAGGGUGUGAUACAAAUAAUGUUUCUAUCUGAGAUUUAUAAUUUAAAAAAAAUUUGAAUUAAUCUUUAAUAUUUUGAUUAUACAAAGUACUUAGUGAGACAAAUCUUUGUAGAAUUUCGUCAAAAUGACGUAAGACGUGAUCAAAUUAUAAUAGUUCCGUUUUUUUCAAUCUUAAAAAUAAAAAUAGUUCCCAAAUAAUAUAAUACACUGAUGUUGUUAUAAACGUUAAGAACGUAAUUCUUUUUCGUUUUUAGGAAAAUAGUUUCGAACAGUUGUGUAUUAAUUAUGCAAAUGAAAAUUUACAAGUAUACUUCAACAAACACAUAUUCAAAUUGGAACAGCAGGAGUAUGCAAAAGAAAAGAUCCAUUGGCAAAAUAUUGCGUAUAACGUAAUACGAAACUAUAUUAAUACUAUUUUUGUGUUGUUAUCAAGCUAUUAAACAUUAUAAUUUUCUAUUUUUCAUUGAUAUUUUCAGGAUAAUUUGCCGGUCAUUCAAUUAUUGUCGAAAAAACCCGUUGGUAUACUGCACCUUUUAGACGACGAGUCCAAUUUUCCGCGUGCCACUGACGUAUCGUUUUUGGAAAAAUGUCAUUAUAAUCACGCAUUGAACGAGCUCUACUCCAGACCUCGGUUGAACGGCCCGGAAUUUGGUGUUCGUCAUUAUGCAGGUCCGGUUUGGUACAACGUUGACGGAUUUCUGGACAAAAAUCGAGAUACGCUAAGACCCGACGUCGUACAACUGUUGAUAUCAAGCUCAUUGCCCGUGAGUUAUAUUGGCGAGUGGGUUGUUUUAUUCAAUAUUUUUAUGUAUCUACUGUUUUACAGAUGUUAAGCAAAAUGUUCAGUUCUUUGCGGAACAAUUAUGAAGCUUCGAAAACUCUAAACAAAGCCAAUGGAAGAUUCGUAACCAUGAAGCCCCGGACGCCGACCGUCGCAGCUAGGUUUCACGAUUCAUUACAGCAACUUUUGGAGUCGAUAUCCGGGUAAGUCAUUGCGAAGUUUAUCAUUAAGCGUAUCAAAUGUGUGAAUACAUUCGAUGUCGACAUUUAGAUGCCAUCCGUGGUUCGUCCGGUGUAUCAAACCCAAUUGCGAAAAGGUGUCAAUGAAAUUUGAUAUGCCUACCGUUUUGGAACAGCUCCGGUAUUCAGGAAUGUUAGAAACGAUCAGGAUCCGUAAAUUGGGUUAUCCGGUGCGCAUGAAGUUUAGUGAGUUCGUUGAUAGGUAUCGUGUGUUGGUGCGAAAACGGAAACUACCGCCAAAAGGCACUCCAAAUAGGUAUUUCGUUUUUUCAACUGUAUACGCGUAUUCCGAGUAUUAUACUAAAUACGUACCCUCUGUCGCAGGGAAAUUUGUCACGCUAUUUUAGAAAAACACUCGGACGAAUAUCAGUUGGGAACGAGCCGGGUGUUUCUGCGGGAAAACUUAGAACGGCAUUUGGAACGGGAAAGGGCGGCCAUAUUGAACACAGCCGCGAUCACCUUGCAACGGAACGUCAGGGGAUUCUUGGCUCGAACUAGGUACACAGCCAAAAGACAGAGCGCGAUCAGGCUUCAGGCUUCGGUCCGGGGCUGGAUGCAACGUAGGCGGUACGAGACAUUGAAACGAGGCGUCAUCAAGGCGCAAGCCACGUUCAGGGGUAGACAACAGCGCAAACGGUACAACCAGCUGAAGGUACGUAAAUAGAAAAUGUUAAACUUUCGAUCGAUUAAUUAACGUAAGUACGCGGCUGACGGAUAGGAGGAAAUGAAACGGAAAGCGAACUUGGCUAAAGAGAGGGCGAGACUCAAGGCACAAAAGGAAGAACAAGAAAGGAACGCCAGACCGCACGCCGUGGCCAGUCUCAACACGUUAGACAUUCCGGCGGAGCUCGCGACGAUAUUUAAUAAAAUCGAAGGUAAUUACAACUGAAUAUGUAAUACACGAACAGCAAUGAGGUACGAGCAAUAUUAGAAGCGAUCGGUUCAGGUUAGGUCAAGCUAAACUUUACCGGCUCAAUUUUGUUUGGCUUGCGCGUUCCAUUUCAUUAUUUCAAUUUACACUUUAUCACUCAAAAACAGUAUACGCGUUGUCGGUGCGCUAAAAUAGUACGAUUUUAACGAAAACAGUCCGUGUAAAAGCUUUAUCGAGUAAUAUUUUUAAACUAAAUUUAUUCUUACCCCCGAUCUAGGCCCCUCUAAAAACCAAUUCCUACUCCUCCGGCAUUUUACCUUUUAAAUCCUUUAUACAAACAAUAAUCGUUUUACUGUUUCCCUGUUUUUCUUUUUUUAUGUUUUUCUUAAAUCGAUUUGGUUCUAAAUUCAGUUAUAACCACUAAAAAUCUAUUAUUGCGUGUCUGCAUCUUCGCAUUACUAUUUAUUUCUACUUAAAACGAUCUGUCGAAUUAAAUCGAAAGACUUUUGUUUCCAUUUCCAACGGUUAGUUUUAAUUUCGAAUGUAUUACGAUAUUAUGUUUUCAUGUGAACGUUAUCCGUUUCUAGAAUUUCAAUUAGACGCAAUACGUGAUCCUAAUAUAUAAAAUGGUUUCAUCUGUCUUUCAAUAUCCAUUUUGAUCAAUUUAAGAAUAUUUGGUUGUCGCGACGUAAAUCACAUACAUGCAUACAUUGCAGGAAUCGUUACUCUUACAAAUCUUUUCAACUCGAUUAUAUUAAAUUGUAUUGCAAGCUAUUUUAUAUUAUUAAGUAGGUACCUAUCUAGCUUAAUACUAAUAGUUUAUGGAUCAAACUCAUAAGAAACGUCUGCAUAACUAAAAGGGGAGGGAGGGAAUGAGGGAUACGGUAGCAAAGAAAUUACAAACAUCUAAGUAGGUGUGCGUAUAAGAAAAAAAAUACAAAAACACAUAGUAAAACCAACAGAUUCCGUUAUUAUUUAAUUUCAAAAUUAUGAUAUUCGUCCGAUUGUUAUUUAUGUUUAGAAAUAUAUAUUUAAAUGCCAUUAUUUCGGAUUUUAUAGAAUGGCAACCUUUACACAAUGAAAGGCAACUGGUCAAAGUGGUCGGGCCCAUCGUCGAAAUUCAAGAGCAAUAUACUUUGCCGAACGAUAUCGAUCAACAUGCGUUUUCAAAGUUUACAAAUAUUUAUUUCAAAGUAAUAUAUUAUGAACAAUAUUUCGAUGUCUGUUUAAAUACAGAUUAAAAAAAAAAAAUGAAUAUUUUAUUCUAGUCGCACGUAUGGGGAAUGAAACGGGAGUCGAUAAAAACCCCGUUUCUCCACAAAAGCAAAGACGCCGAUUACAUGGAUUCGAUUGCUAUUUUCAAAUUGAUCUUGAGGUUCAUGAACGACGAAUCGUUAUCGCCCAAAAGAGAACAGGCCCUCGCGGACUACAUCAUCCACAAAGUAAGUUACAAUUGUCGUGUUCGAGUUCGGAUAUUUCGUUACGCACACAUUUUAAAGUCGAUAUACUAUACGUGUACAUUAUUCGUUGUUAAUUCGAAAAAUAAAUUCUGAACCCCGUCAGGAAGAAACGCGAACUGACGAAUACACUGACGGCGUAAACGAAUUCAAUACGAAAAUAUUAUCUAUAUCGACAAACAUAUUCGAAACUAAUUAUAAACGAUUAUAAAUCGAUCGCAUUACGACCCGUUUAAAACUAAUUACACUGGGCAUAGUCACUAAUCAUCGUUGCCUACCUGUAAACUAUAUAGACCGUGAUGAUAAAAUGUUUUCCCGUUAGUCUUUCGGUUAUUAGUUCCUGCGUUUUGUAUUUGUAUUUUAAUACGCGUCUAUAUAAUCGAUAUUACCGUUACGGAUAUUAUUAUGCGCAUCUAGUUUCGAAACUAUUUCGAUAUUAAACGCGUUUCGCAUUGUUUAGGGUUUGGCGAACGAGCGGCUGAGAGACGAAAUCCUGUGUCAAUUAGUGAACCAAACGUGGCGCAAUGACGUCGAAGCGAAUAACGAGAGAGGGUGGCUGCUGAUGGCCAGUUGUCUUUCGGCGUUCCCGCCGACCGGGCCGCUGUACAAAUACCUAUUGAAGUAAUAACGCCGGCAUUAAUUACGAACGCAAUGUUAUUUAAACGAUGUUGUUUACGAUCGGCAUUCUAAUUUGUUUGUCUGUCGAUAUCGCACACCGCAGGUACGUGUCCGAUCACGGUUACGAUGGUUACAAGAGCGUGUGCCAGAGGAAACUGUUGUCGGGUCACACGUGCACUCCGCCGGCCCGGUCUUCGGCCCCGUGUUUGCUCGAGUGGCGGGCCAACCGGAAGCGUUUCAACACGGCGUUAGAGUUCACGAUGCCGGACGGGGAGACGAUGACGGCCGGUGUGGAAUCGUGGACCCGGUGCCACACGGUGGCUUCGGCUCUGCUGGCCGAGAGAGGCGUCGCCGAGUGUAACGGAUGGACCGUGGCUCUGGACAACGAUCAGAGGAACGGGUUCGAUUACGUGUUCGACGCCAUAUCCGAAGUGGAAACGCCGCCCGGUUAUCCGGGCAAGCAGCAUCACCAUCAACCGCCCGGCUCACCGCCUCAGCCGCCCCCGAUGAUCGCGCCCGUUUCAAAGGUAAUAGUAUAAUAACAGCUGUGCACUUAUCCCAAUCCCGUCUCACGACCAAUCCUACAAUCUAUCGCCAUAUACACGAUUUGUUUCUCUCUCCCGUAUUUUUCUUGAAAAAAAAAAAAAGUAAAUAAAUCACAAAAUUACAACCGUCUAACACUGUUAUACAUAAUGCAUCAUACAAUAAAUUACUUUUUAAAAAGAUGAUUUUUUUUUUUUUGUUAGGAAAAUUUUUCUGGUUUUUUCGUAUCGUAGAUUAAAGGAUGUGGAUUUUUUUAUCUGAUGGUACUUUAUUUAAACAUUUUUUUUUUUUUUUUUAAUUUCCAAUAACUCUCCCAAGAAAUUACUUUUUAUGUUUUGGUUAAAACGCUUUUUUGGUUAGGAAACGAUCCAAUUCUUUCACACUAAAUAUCUCAAUAGAUGCGGGAUUCUUAUCCAGUGAUACAUUAUUUGAAACAUCUGUCGACAUUUUUAGCAGUUUACCCGUUACGUCUCAAUAUAUUGUUGAUUUCUGAGUUAGCUUCGACAAAAAAAGGGGAUAACACGAUUAGUACUAUACCGCUCAGAAUUGUUUAAUUUAUCGUCGCAUACGGUAUAUAAACUGCUUAAACACCCCGGAUACAUCUUUCGUUCCCAACCACUCACCCGCAACAAUAUUCUGCCCUUCCCCCCCGUGAAUAGUAUCGACUUUUACGAUAUUAUUCUCAACACUAUCCGUUCGUAUGUCAACAGGUCGAACCCGUUGCGGCGGCCGUGAACCGCAGGCCAACCGUACCGCCACCCCAACCGCCAGUAGCACAACCGGUAAGUCGAAAUAUUGUUCUGUCAACGACAGCGUUACGCUCGAAUUGAUUUUCACUCACGUUUCGUAAUAACAAUAAUUAAUGUCUUAACCUAUCUAUUCCCCCCUAAUAUUUUAUUAUAACAUCUCAACACUGUUUCAUGCAGCUGAUAAAUGACGGCCACGUUGUAAACUUGUACUUACGAAAAAAAACAUUACCUACGAACCGCUUACAGCUAAUUACGUUCAUCCUGGCAAAAAAAAAAAAAAAAAUCUAUCGCCAUUAAAUAUGUAUUAUACGAUGUAAAUUAUAUUUUCACUGUCGUCGCACAUCCGUCCGUAAAAAAUAUGUCGAAACGUCCUGCGGACAGCGGAUAAUUUAUAGAGAGAUAUUUUGACCGUCGUAUUUUUCGCCGUGUUCAUACAAAUUAUUUACGUCAAAUUAAUUACACGAUAAUCGAACACGUAUUACAAACACCCCAUAUAUUGCAAUUAUAAUCAAGUGAAACAUUCGAAACGAAACGACGUGAUACGUGUUCGUCUUUAGCUGAUACAAUUUCUGUGUAAAUAUUAUACUACCCGAAUAUCGUGAUAUGUGACAUAAAUACGGAUUUUAAAUUUCACAAUAUUUGGGUCUUUGUUAUUUUUUUAUCUAAAAAUCAGAGAGCCCGUAUUUACGAUAAAUUUCAAAUUCCGGAAAUCCGGAUUCUCAAACUUUUCAAUUUCCGCCAUUGCCGUGUCAUAAUAUUACGAGUGUAUAGUAAAAUCACAGACGGAUGUUUUUCUUGAAUCUGUAUACGUUUUUGUAGCAAAAGGUCCGGUCCGUAUCCCGUGAUCACAGCGCCGAAAUGGGCCUGUCUCGACAAUCGGCUCUAAACGACAGAUAUUUCGAGAAGACGAGCCGAUCCAGAAGUCUGGACAAUUUAAUAACGCCCGUGAGUUACGCGAAUGUUCAAGAUUUUCGAAAAUUUACGCUGACGGCGCGAAAUCUAACUUGGUUUCAGGUGCCGCAAACUUCGGUGGCGCCCAAAAAACUGGACAAUUUGGGGCUGUCGCAUAGCAAACUAAAUGAACGGUACAUGUCGAUGGAACGUAUCCAAGAAACCGAGAAAGAUACGGACAGCGAAGACGACCGUGACGGCGAUGAUGACGACGACGACGACGACGACGACGACAUCACAAAAUCCGUAUACGACGAUAAUUUGGAAUCUGUCAGCCAGAGGGGUGACACGAGAAACUAUAACGGGUACUAUUAUAAUACAUUCUUCGGUGUUUUACCGAGUGUGCUUCGCUUUUGUCGAAAUCCAAUACCGAUAAUAUUAUGAAUUUCACAGCGCAUCAUCGGACGUCAUGUCUCACAGUCAAAUGGACUUUGAUUACCCGGAUAUUGGUGCUAGGAGCGAAGACGAUAAAGGCUCGUAUAUCAAAGGCCAUCCCAGGUACGUGCGUUUUGUGAAAAUUUACUACGCUGUACAUGUAGUGAAUAAUAUUUAGUUUGCAUGUUGCAAUGCGGACAAAACACAUUAAAUAUUAUGGCGAUGGUCGUAAUAUUUUAUAAUAACAGUUAGAACUCGAGACGCGAGUUUAAUAUGUUAAGGAAACCAUAAAAUGGGAUGUAACGAAUGCAUAAUAAUAAUCAAUGUUAUUGUUUCGCGCGCAGAUUUAUCAAGUCGCAAUACGCUGGCAAACGCGGUUCGCAUUCAAUCAAAUCGCAAAUGGACAACAAGAAUUCGGACAAAUCCGAGGCUAGGAGCUGCGCUAUGUCCGAUACAAGCGAAGCGCCGUCGUUGGGUAAAUAAUACGCAAAUCGAAAGUCUAAUAAAAUCUAAUAAAGUCUAAUAAAAAAUGUCGUAUACUCGUACGUUUUUUUAAAACGUAUUAUAGAACAAAAAUAUCUGCGGAAAUAGGAAACAAAUAUAUACACAUUUUUAUACUUAUCGUAACGCUCAGUGGUAUUUUCAAUGAAUUCUGAUGGUCAAAAAGUUGCCGAAAAUAUAAAUUACCGCUCCAAAAAAAUAAAAUGCGUCGAUAUUUCAAUCGUCCGUUUUUAAUUUCAUAAUUUUCGACCAGUCAAAUUGUAGUUGUUUUGCAAUUAAUUAAUAUAAUAUUAUUUUCCGAACGAAUUUGAAGGGCUUUGCGCGAUAACCAGGUGGGUCCAUUUUAAUACUUUUUCUGAAAACAAAAACAAAAAAAAAAAUAUUGUGUUCAGAAUAAAACUGAUUUCAAAAUCAAUUUAAAAUACAUGUCUAUGUUAGACGAAAAUGACCAUUCAUGUUAGCUGCCUGCAAUUUUAAUUAUUACAGCCGAUCGAUUUAAGUAAUCGGUACACGACGUAUAAUUUAUAAAAAGCCUACGUUACGAUUGACCUACAAAUUAUUUGUUUAAUAAACUCAAAAUUAUUUUAUUUUAUUUAAUUGUGUUUUGCUGAUUAAGUUUUUUUUUUUUUUUUUCAAAACAAAUCCAGUUAUAUUUACCUAAUUAUUUCAACUAAUCUGCAAGCAGAGAAAAUUCUCACGGUAUUGCGAACUGUACACAGAGCUAACGCGUAUAACCUCAUAUACACAUUUCAUUACCGCGCAGCUAAAGAGUACUCAUUUCUUUAAAAAAAAAAAACCACAUUCCGAGGUCAUAUAUUAUUAUUUCUCAAUUAAAACCUUCCACUUCGUUGUUCUUCUCUGGUUUUUUUUUUCUUCGGCUAUUUCGAUUCUGAUUUUUGGACUAUAAUAUUAUUAUUAUAUUUUAUACAGCAUCGCAUGUCAGACGCGUGCGCGUCCCGUCACAGGCAUCGGACGUAGAUCAAUUCCUCGACGAUCUCUUCAAUCCGGUCCUGGACCAGCUGUCGGACGCCAGGUCAUUAGCUGCUUCGAUAAAAGGCUCGUCCGUCAAGAGCAAAUCCGUCGACGACUGCGAGUCUUUAGAUUCCCGGGACUUUUUCAAGACGAUAAAGGGAGGAGGUGACCGUAGCAGUCGGACGUCCCGCGAGGGGCUGUCGUCACGAGAUGCGGUUGACGGAGACAUCGGCACUCUGGACUUGGCGAUGUUCGCCCGGACCGUGAAGGGAGGCGGCCGAGGAGUCGCGUCACAACAACAGGUACGUAAUUGCACGCUAACGCAUGCUCACGUGGCAUUAUAACGGUCUUACAACAUUGUGUUUUGGUUAUUUCCGUCCGCAGAACGGUUCCGGACAGACCGGAAACGGUUCGUUUGGUAUGUCACCGCUGAUUGGCUCACCGCCCGUCAUGCCCAUCCUAUCGCCGCCGUCACUGCUCAUGCCCGCCAUGAAUCCACAGAUGUUCAACUCUCCGAGCAGUGAGUUCAUCGCGCGCAUUGUUUUGCGUUUGUUUUAAAAAAAAAAAAAAAACAAAUUUUUAAUAGCAGAAAUAAUAAUAAUAAUAAUAAUAAUAACACGGUUGUACGACAAGAGAACAAUGGCUGGGAGAGUUCACACAUGCGUCGGCGACGACGACUACGACGCCAUGCUCCAGUAAAAAAUUUCCCCGGCCCGUUUGCCGCCACGCACGGCCGCCGAGUCGUUCGGCCGGGUUACCGCGUGUAAGUCGUUGUCGUCGUCGCCGCCGCCGCCGCCGCCGCCGCCGGAGAAAUUUCGUAUUUCGUCAACCGUACACGGAAUUCGAUAAAUUAUUGUUUUCGAUUUUUACACCAUCAUGGGAUUCGAUUUUGCAGGUCUCAGUGUGCCGACGAGCGCCUCGAACAACACGAGCAAUGGUUCGUCCAGCGACAGCAUGCUCGCCUAUCAGGCCAACCUCCAUCAAGCGUUCCUGCAAUCAGCCAUGGCGCAGAACAUUCAGAUCCAACAGCAAAUACUUGCCCAGAAUCAGGCGCUCCACCAGUUGCUCCAACAGCAACAGCUAUUACCGCCGGUAUGUCGUUAUAAUAGUUAUACGUCGCCUAAUGGUUAUGCACGAGAAUGGCGAUAUAACUUGAAAAAAAAAAAAAAAACUCAAUUCCGAGUUGCCUAGCCGAAAAACCAUUACAGCGUCACUGUCCAACUAUCAAAAUAUUGGUCCUUGGGCUAAAAAAACCGGAAAAUGGAUUUAAUAUGGUAGUAAUGGUAAUACGAUGAUAUCGACCUAAAAAAAAAACAUUUUGUUUAUUUCGAUAUUCGUGCGUUUAUGUUUUCGUUCAUUAUUAUUAAUCGGCAAUUGUUUAAUCAUUAAACACAGGGCUAAACCAACAAGCUGAAAUGGAAAGCAGUUAAAAUUUUAAAUGUUUAAAUUUAGCAAUAAAAUAAAAUUACCUAAUUUCCAUUUAUAUUUUUCAGCAAUUAAUAUUCUCGAAAAACAACAGUAAAUCGAACCUAAAGGCAAAUAAAAAAAGUAUACUAAUAAUUUAAAAAAAAAAAAAACAACGGCAUUAUUUGUUAUUGUUCCGGUUUUUAUCCUUUAACUUAAAUUUAGUGGGAGUAAUACAAAUUUAAAAUUUCCAUAUGAACAAUUCUGCAUUUUAUUCGAAAAAAAAUAUAUUUGCAUAUUAUAAACACAACGUUUUAUGUUUCUUUUUUCGUUUUGUUUUCUCGGAUGAAUAAAUAUACUAUUAUAUUAUUUAAUUACCAGUGCCUACGCAUGACUUUAUUGUCACAGCGAAUUGCAUGUUCACGUGCAAUUAUAACUUAAUAGUAAAAAAAAAAUAAAUUAGUUGGUAAAAUACAAUUUAAUUUUUUUAAACAUAAAAUGUACUUAACAUUUCCUUGUCGUACCACUUACAUUUUAUUGUAAAUUAUUUUGAUAUAAUCAACUUUUUUAUUUAAAAAUAUUUCUCUAAUGUUGUGUAUUUCUGUUUUAGGUUGGUCCCGAAAACACGUCAGGUGUAUGGAACAAUUCACCUCCCAAACACAAAUCUACGCCUACCAAUAAGUCUCAAGUAAGUCGAAAAAUCAUAUACAUAUUUAUCACACGAACAAAUUGUAAACAUAUUUUUUCAAUUUUAGGGACUCCGUGCCGGAUCACCACAUUCCACCUUUACGAAUGUUUUGAGUGAACUGAAAAGCAGAAAAUCUUCCAUGGAUUCUAACGUGGGAAAAGUAAAAUUAAAAAAACCAUUUAAAAUUAAUAAGUCUUCCAAGUGUCUAUCAACUGUAAAUAUCUACUUUUAGAGUUCUGUACCUCCGCCACCCCCUAUGCCACCGCCUCCGGAUUUAUGCGAUCCCAGUGAAGUCAGGCCGUUCAUGGACCCGUAUGGCCGAGCUAAGACUGUCCGGAUCGGGAAAUGGAGGUGGCCACCGCCCAGCGACGGCACGAGCAACGGAGUCCCCGGUGAUGUUAACGGAUUUCCUACCCAUCAAAGUUUUUUGCAGUUUAAAAUGUCCAAACAGCAAAAUCAAAGACACAAACACUCACAGGUUGGUGUUUGUGUAUUGCAACAAAUGUUCGCAAAAGUUGUGAUUUGAUUUAAUUUCAAAAGGUAUAUAUUCUUAUUUCUAAUGCGUAAUUGGAUGUUUAGGAUUCAAGUCAGGACGGGGACUUAAACGGACUCGAAUGGGAAGAGUACGAGAUACAGCAGCCUGAAACAGCAAUGAAACAACCAUCACCCAAGGAUCCACAGAUCGCGGAGGUGCACAAAUCAUCAUACAAAUCAUUAGAAGUCGGAGCGUCCAGACCGAGUCCCGGAAGUGUGGGGAAACUACGGAUCAGUAACGAAAUGAAGCAUAAAUUAGAAAUGGUGACAGCCAACCACAGUCUACGAUCUACAACUAGUAAGCCGAGGCCUCAGGCCAUGAACAACAUGCCUACUCCACCCACGGGGAAACUGGACACGGAUAGACGAUUGUUAUUACAACAGCAGCUGGGUAAGUUUUUUUUUUUGAAAAUUGAAAUUUAAAAGAGUCUUUCUUUUGCCUCGAUUAAAUGAAUGACCCGAUGGCUCACAAUGAAAUUUAAAACUAUAUGUUAUGCUGUCAUCGGUACAUUUUUAUUUAUUAUUAAAUAUAUAUUUUAGCCGGUAGAUGGGGUAGCGUAGACAGCGUCGAUUCCCAGAGCGUGGUCAAAGAAGACGCUUCUGAACCAAAUAAUGUGAUACGAAAUCAAGUGGAACGCAUCGAAAGCUCCGGAUGGCGGUUGCCUCCACCACCCAUCACUCCGUCCAGGUCCAAUAGCUUUUACAAUCAAAAUAUGUGAGUGACUUAACUUUGCCUAAACCGUACGAGUAUUUUUUCAUUAUUAUCACUGGUACCCGUUUCGAACAGGAAAAAGAACAGCACAGGUCCUCCUGCACCUAUACAGCCCGUGACGCGCGAGUACGACCAAAACGUCUUCCGCAAUUCGGUUCCAAACAAUAGUAACUACGCUGUCGAACAACAGGAUGUUGAAAAAGUGCCAUCGCCUGAGUAUAACAGUCGUCCCGAGCCCAGGAUACAGUCACCUUUGCAAAACGAAGACGGGCAGACCACAAAGUUGCUACAAACACCGGCCAACUCGUAUUUUACGUAUAACCGGGUGCCGUGGAAGUUAAACGUCCGAAAGGAAGUAAGCCACGCAGACGACCGAUUAAAAACAAAAUUUUAAAAUAAUUAUUUUAUUGUACCUACUGAAAAUAAUUUACAUAAUUUUUUCUUUCAGGUUUUCACCCCGAAAGAAUCAAUGUCCAGUCCGUUGGUGUUGCAUCUGAUAUUCUGUCAGAUAGUCGGCGACAUGUUCAACAAAUUCCAUUCGGUACACGCGAGAAUAUCAGCCGAUGAACGAGAAGAGAUGCUAGACGUAAGUACGAAAAAAAAAGGCCGUCAAGAUACAGCACAUUACAGUAACUCAAAUGCAACAAGUUUUUUUUUUUUUACCGUCUUUCUAUUUAUUUACUUACAUAUUUUGUAUUAAAUCAGUAGAAACUUAGUUGGGUUCGUUGUUUUUCUUUCAAUCUAUAGAUAUUUAUAAUAUUUCAGCUGUUGGAUCGUUUUGGAGUGACAGCCAGCAAUAUGCAAACUGGUCAUCACAAAGCCAGUACUAAACGCUCUAUCGUCGAAUUGGCUCGUCAGUGGCCACUGUACUUUGCGCGAAUAUUUCCUGUCUCGGUGAGAAUUUCGGAGUUUUUUUAUUUUAAGCCAAUCCACUAACACUUCACAUUUAUUUCACGUAAACAACACUAAUACCUAUAUUACUUUACAUGUCCAUAGUGUGGUUAUCAACAUAGAGAAGUGGAAUAUUUGGCAAUCACUCACUCGGGUCUGAAUCUGCUUCGGAAGGAAGAUAACCAAUUUCAAAUCAUGCAAACCCUAACGUGAGUAAACUAUUUAAAACUGUUGGUAUUCUCGUUAAUUAAUUGUUGUCAUUAUUAAUUUUUCGUUGCGUAGAUUCGAAGACAUUUCAGACGUUUCAAUGGGCAAAGCGGGCGGCUCGGUUCAGCUAACCAUAAUGUCCGGUGAAACGAUACCGUUCCAUUCGAACAGAUCCAGACAGAUACAUUCGAUGAUAAGUUCAUUCUGGAAGGACGCCGCGCCACUCGGACGACUUCCUCGUCAAGUGGUAAAGAUAUAUUUAUAUUUUUGUUCUCAAAACAGUCAAUUAGAACUUAUAAUAAUUGAUUGUAUCCGUGAAAACCAUAAAUGGUGAUUGAUUUUUUUAAAUACGUGUACUGUUUUUUAAUUUAAAUUCUAAUUUAAUCAUUUUCAGGACGAAAAAGUCCGUGCUGCUGAACACAAGGGUAAAUAAUAAAUCAUCCAUUUCAUAAUCGCAAAAAAUCAUAUAUACUUUAAUCUAUUGUUUAUGUACAUAUAUAUAUAUUUUUUUUUUAGGAUGGCAACAAACUAACCCAAAAUAUUCUAAAUCGACGUCACCAUACAAACAACACGAUUCACCGCCACCUAUUCAUUCCGUAAGUACUUAUAUGUUUAAAAUACAUAAAUCCAUUCAUGUUUGCGAAUGGUUUGUGUUACGCGAAUAUAUCAAAAUUAUUUACUUGUAGAACGCAGAUGACGGUAAACAUUCAUUACUCCAGUUCGCAAUGUACAAUUUCAGACAUAGUUCUGAAAAGUAAUUAUAUUUUUAUCAGUUGUUUUUUUAAUGCAAUACAAAUCUAAUUAAUAUAUUUCUUUUUUUUCUUUUUGGCCUAUAGGUUCGACAUGCUAAAAUCGGCAAACGGAGAAAUAAAUGGUUCGUUAAAGGUAAUACAAAACUCAAAGAAAAAAAGCAGUGACGAUUGGACUUGGAAAGAACAAUUGGAAAUGGUCAAAUACACAAAUGUUCCGAUAUCCGAAUCGCUUUUGAAAUUGGAUCCAGAGUUAGACUUGCUGGCUAUCGAAUGUUUCGAGUGUAUCAUGAGAUACAUGGGUGAUUUGCCCACGACGCCAGAGUUUACAGAAGUCAAAUGUGUAUACACAAUUCUCAUGGUAACAAUAUAUAACAUAUGUUAAACAAAUAUAACAUUUACGCGUUCCGUUAUUUUCUCUGCAGCAUUGCCAUAAAUUCGAAAGUCUGAGAGACGAAGUUUACUGUCAGCUAAUGAAACAGACUACCAACAACAAAACGGAGACUUGUCAACGGGGAUGGCGCUUGCUGAGUAUAGUCGCGGCGUACUUCACGUGUUCUGAAAAUCUGAGACCUUUUCUCCUGAAAUAUUUGGAAACCGCUGCGUACGACAAAAGAAGAGCUUUCCACGGUAAGACUAUUCCAAGUCAACCCCGUUUCCCUACUCGUUGCCAUUUGUUCGUCUUACAUCGCGCGUUCUUUCCUAUACACUUUAAUAACCAUUAGCUUCGUUGUUUCCGUUGGCUCACCUCUCACCCAGAUCCCAAUUGCACUUAACUCGUCAGUUAUCUUCUCGACCUAACUCGUCGUUUCUCCUUGUCUCGAGACGCGUCCGUACAGCCUCGGCCCGUAUUCUCUUUCGUUUUCGCUGCCCUACGAUAUUUAUAAAAAAAAAAAAAAAUAAAUAAAUAAAUAAAUAAAUAACGUAAUACGUCCGUAGGUACCGCGAACGUGUGUCUGCAGAACUUGCGGAAGACGUUAAGAUACGGCGGCCGCAAGAACGUGCCGAGCGUCGAAGAGGUGACCGCCGUGUCGGCCGGUCGAAAUUCGAAGCGGCAGCUCUAUCGUCUGCCCGGCGGCAGCGAAACCGUCGUCAACACAAAGUCCACGACCGUGGUCGCCGAUGUCAUAUCCGGUAUGUGUUCGUUGAUCAACGUCAACGACCCGUUGGAAAUGGAAGAGUUUUCUCUGUACUGCAUUGUCGAAGGCGACGCGUUCACGAUGCCGUUGGCCGCCGACGAGUACAUACUGGACGUCACCACCGAGCUGCACAAGAACCAGCAAGUGUUCUAUCUGAUAUUCUGCCGAUCGGUCUGGUAUUUCCCGCUGCGGCUGGACAGUCAGCUAUACGUCCAGGUGUUGUUCAAUCAAAUCGCGCCGGAUUAUCUAGAAGGGCUACUGUUAGUAUUGCCCUUCGGCCAGUUACCUCAAGAGUUAUUGGUACGGCAUCCGCGUGUUUUGUUAACGUUGCGUAGGGUCGCUGUGUAUUUAUUUUGUUUUGUUUUUCUCGAAGUUCGAAGUGUGCAGAUUGGCCGCUUUACUGCACAGGGCGGCCGACAUGCUGCAGCCACCCACGUUGAAAGAAACGAAAUUCCUUUUGCCCAAACCGGCGCUCAUGCAAAACGAAGUCAACCCCCAACAGUUGGUACAGAUGGUCCAAAACAGUUGGCCGCAAAUCGAAACAUUGCACAGCGUCGAAGCAAAAGCUCAAUUUUUAGGUACGUAACGUGGCGAGCGAUUUUAUUUGCAUGCGGGUUUUUUCAACUCUAAAAUCAACUGCCUAACGCGCGCAGAAUAUUUUAUCAUAACUCCGGUUAGUUUUAUCGUGGUCUUAUUUUGUCGGAUAUGUCUUUAUAAUUUGAAAAUUCAAAACUUAAUCGAAUUGCACGAGGAAAAAAUUAUGUAAAUUUUAUCACCGAAGAUAAAUUAAUUUUUUCAGUAUAAUAUUUUAUUCGUUUUAAUGCCGAGUAUGCAAAUAAUUUGUUCUUCGAUAAAAAAAAAAAAAAAAAAUCACUGCACGCCGAAUAUUCGUAAAUUAUGGGGGUUUUUUUUAUUAUAAUCGUUAUUAUAAAAGCAUGACGAAUAAUUAGUUUUCGGACACGAAUAAAAUAAUCAUCACCACAAAAUAUAAUAAUUAUUGUAUAGGUACUCGAACGAAAUAACGGCGGCAUUUUUCACAAAACUAAUUUAUCGUAUUCGGAUGACAAUAAUGUAACGUUAAUUUUACAUGAUAAUAAUAUGGUUGUUAAACGCAUUUUGAUAAUUUUUCGUCGGAUUGCUGAUUUUGAUUGAUUUAUAUUUUUGUUUCCGUAAACGGCGUGAACAUAAACGAAUACAACCAAUCCAAUAAUUACUAUCAACUUGCCACAGACAACACCAUGAAUUAAUACAUAACUGUGACAAAUUCGCGUUUCGUUCGAAUAUGAACUUUCCGAAUAACAACUCUAUUAAGGUACGCAGCUAAUAGAAGUUAGAUAAAUAAAUUGACACAACUCGUAAAAAGGCAUUUUAUGAUUUGAAGUCUACAAAUCUCAAAACGAACGACUUAAAAUCGUUUUGAAUAAUAUUACUUAGAUUUUAAUACCCUCCGUCCGAAGUAAUCAAAAAAAAAAAAAAAACAUACACGCACGCGAUUUCUAAAGACCAAGUCCUAGGACUGUGUAGAAAUUGCUGAUGCAGAAUAUUAAUGUAACACGUGAACGUUAAAAUGUAUUAGUGAACCUUGGAAAUUGAAAUAAAAGUUCCUAUUUAGAUAGAAUCGGAUGAGAUAUGUGAAAGUUUUGCGAAUUCAUCCCCCCCGAGGGUUGCAAUGACAGAGAAUUCGUCGCGAUUUUUACAUUUUAACUAUACAAACUUUGUAACUCAGUCGCGACGAACUUGCGAUACACCUAAGGAAUGAACAACGCGGGUUACAUUUUCAUUUGGGAUUCGGAAAUAUUUUGUGUGUGCGGGUUGAAAACUGUGCCGUUAUUCGAUAUAUCAUAAAUGCAACAUGAUUUUUAAAAAGUAACCGUCAUUUUUUUUACCUCGGAUUGGAAAUAAAAAUAUUUUUCUAAAAGUACAGAACAGACAAUGGUAUAUAAACGAUUUGUUUUUUUUUUUUUUUUUUUUUGGAAAGUGGGGGGGCAUUUAUAUAAUUUAGACACCUUGGCGAUUUAGGUAAAUUAUACGUAGCCCGACCAGAGGCAUAUUUGAGGAGACACGACGUGACGAUCACCUUCCAUUGGAUUUUGUUUUUGCUAACAAUUCUGACGACAAAAUAGAGAAUUACUUUAGCAAUUUAUUCAUUUAUUUAUUUAAGUAGCAAUUUAUUUCUAUUACAUAUUAUUAUUAGUUCAUCUAGCUUUUUUAUACAUGCGCUCUAGCGUUUAAACGAAAGAUAAUUUUCGAAUCGGAUGCGCUUCGCCCACCAAUAUUAUUAUAUAAAAGUUACUACACAGAAUAUAUUAUUCUAUGUAUAUGGUUGUAGAUAAAAAAUUAUUAUCAAUAUGAUAAAAUAACAAGUCAAAUCCAUUUCACAAUUAUCGAUUACACUCCUGAACACACGUGUUUAUCAAGGCCUCUAGAGCGUGAAGCGUGGAAAGUUUUCACCGAGGGUCCCCUGCACUUCGCCUCUCGUAAUACGUCACCGGGAAUAAGGGGAAAAUGUUGAAAACAGCAUGCGCUCUCUUUGAAACGUAACAAACGCAAAAUAUUAUACAUUCACAAUUUGAAAUAAUAAGUCUCGCACGAGAAUCAUUUCGUUAUAAAUUAUAAUAAUUUAGAAACGAGUUUUUACCGUCGUCGUUGUGUGUGCACGUUUCCUCCGUACAUAUUAUUAUUUAUUUUUUUUUAUUUCAAGUCGACCGUGUCAAACGCCAUUAGGAAUAUUUCCCGGUAACACGAUCCGGUAAUAAUUUAAAUUUAAACGCAACAAUAUUGUAAUAUGAUAAGAGUAUUACGUUUCGAACUCGGUACCUAAACGCGACGGCGCGGCGUAGUGUUGUUCCUGUCUUCUGCCGUGCACAAUAUCCCGUUACGCCGUUAAAAAACCCCGUUUACAUACCGCCGUAUUAAUAUUACAGUGUAAUGUAUGUAUGUUACGUAAAUAAUUCACAGAAAUAUUAAGCAAAUGGCCGCUGUUCGGGUCCAGCUUCUUCGCGGUGAAACGCAGCGGCGACCAACAGAUACUGGCUCUGAACAGGACCGGUGUCCACUUCCUUCAUAUCGUUACCCACGUGAGCGGAAUAUUUUUAUUUUAUUUAUUAUUUUUUUUUAUUUUUUUUUUUUUAAUGUUUGCAUUUCGACACUUGGACCCAAUCGUGUUUAGCCAAAUAAACGGUUUUUUUUUUUUACUCUUCUAGAAAACCCUAUCGACAGUGCCAUUUAGUGAAGUGAUAUCGACUAGAAAAGUAAGAGCCGGCGAAGGCGCGACACUCUACUUAGAGCUUAAGUGCGGAAAUCUGUUCCAACAGCGAGUGGCCAGACUGCAAACCGACCAGGCCCAUGAAAUCGCCCGGCUCGUCAGACAAUACAUAACUAUGCACCGCCGUGAGUUCUUUUUUAAAAUAAAUUGUAUCACAUAUAAUUGUCCCAAAAUUUAAUAUCGUAAUAUUAAAACGGGACCCGGAUUUCAUCGCAGUGCAUCUUUUUCGGGGAAGGGAGGAAUCCUAGAAAAAUGCGUUUCAGAUACGUAAUUCGAUUCGUGUAAAACAAACACUUUGAAUGUAACGUUUUUAUUUUGCGAUUUUUUUUAUUUUUAAAUGUUUUUUUUUUUCGGUAGGAUAAUUCAAUUCGGGCACAAUUCAUAAUACAAUUGUGUAUUUGAAUAUGAAAAAUUAAUUCUAGAAAUUCCGCAAGCUAAGGCAGCUCACGUUGCUGAAUUUCAUAAUUAAUUAUUAGGACGUGAGAAUUAUUAUGAGUGAGGGGAGAUUUCCAAAAGACACGCAAAUAGACGUAUUAAAUGAGACAUUUUUAUAUAUUUUUUUUACCGGUAGCUACUGGUAGCAAAACGAAUUUUUUUUUUUAUAUGACCGAUUAUAACCGAUUUUAUAAUACAUGUUGUUUAUUUAAAUACCUAUAUUAUGUUAUUUUUAGAUAACGCCGGUGUUCAUUGA